AUGUCUUCCUCGGCUCGUGACAAUGAGGCCAACAAGUCUACUGUUGGCUCCCAGGGAGAUCAGACUGGUAUUCACGCAAAAGUAGGCAUCGAAACCACCAAGGUUGAGAAGUCGACAGCAAUGCAAACGAGGUCUCCAAAAGAGUUCAAACCUCCAUCUCAAAAUGGACUCACGUCCUACGACGCCCAGGCAACUCGAGACAACAAGAGAGCCAACGAGGAGCGCGCCGUCAAUCUCGAAAAAGCCAAGCGCCAGCUCUUCGCUAGCAGUGAAGACAUGGCGGCCGAGUUGCGUAACAUUGAGCGACGACGGAGCAACAUGAACGAGCUCCAUUGA